AUACGAAAGUGGAAGUUUAUUUUAUCUCCUCGUCUACCAGCAUUGAAUACAUAUAGGAUAGAUCAAUGGCCUCUCAAGGUGAGAUGACGCCUAAAUAUUAUUCGAAACCAGUCUGUCUUGAACCAUCUGAAUAAACGCUACUAGUUAAACUGUCGAUUUAAUAAUUCUCUUCUAUGUUGACAAUUAAAUUAUAAUUUUGUCAAUUAUCACUAAAAUAUGUCAUCAAUAAACCGAAAAGUGUCCUAAUAAACGAUUUUAGUCAAUACUUUUUUAAAAUAAUAGCUAUUAUAAUAACUAUUAAUUUUUGCAAUGUUUAAAAAGUACAAUGUUUAAAAAACGGAUCAAAUUAUACAUCAGUGUAGGUGCACAGAAGAAUAAGUAUCUAAAAGAAUAUUUUCUAUUCAGUUAAAAAAAAUUGCGUAUCAUGUCAAGACUUUAUAAACGACAACUUACACGAAUAUUUUACUUCCUUUUAACAUGUGGAUGUAUUUAUAUAAUUUUGAAAUUCCUUUUCAAAAGUACGAGUGACGAAAAUAUAUCAAUUUCUAAUUUUGAAAAUUUACAACAGUUUAUUAAUCAAGUGGAAGAAAUUAACGAGCAGCGAAUUACAAAAGUGAAGGAAACUUGUGAAAAAUAUAAUUUAGGUUUUUAUAAAAAGGAUGAAAGUUCGUCUCAGUUCAAACACCCACCGGCUCCUCAGUUUACUGUAUUCUAUAUAGAGAGGUCGCACAAUAUUUCCUAUUGUCCAAUAUAUAAAGCGGGCAGUACAACAUGGAUACAUAAUUUAUGUUUGUUAAUGGGUGUUUCCGAAGAUGAACUUUCCGGGGGAAGGGAACAAAUUUCUACGAUAGCGAGAAGAGUAAUUCCUGAAAUGGAAUAUCCAGAAGCCGAAGAGGCUUUGCAAGAGACUAAAAAAUUACUGAUUGUACGUCAUCCUUUCGAAAGAUUAUUAAGUGCCUACAGAGAUAAAUUGGAGAAUUCUGUUGCUGGAAGGGAGCAUGGAACAUUACACUUUUAUGAAAAAUAUGGAAAGAUGAUUGUACAAAAAUAUCGAGAUAAAAAUUUUGCAACAUUUCAAUCGAAUCAAGUAAUAAGAAAGAUAGGCACACCUGCACCCGCAGGUAUUGAACCCACGUGGCGAGAGUUCAUCGACUAUUUGAUUAACACUGAUCUUGGCAGUUAUGCCGACGACCACUGGAUGCCAUAUUAUCUUUAUUGCACUCCAUGUUUGCUUAAUUAUGACUUUAUCGCUAAGGUGGAAACUCUUUGGCAAGAUCAAAUAUUCACUAUUCACAAAUUGAAAUUAGAUAAAAAAAUUAAACCCAACUGGAGGCACAAUAAUGGUCAAUCGAAUGCAUCGAGAAUUUACUUCAGUCAAUUAAACAAAGAUAUGGUUCAAAGGUUAUACAAAAAAUUUCAACUAGAUUUUGAACUAUUUGGCUAUUCUCCUGACGAGUAUUACAAUUACGCUACAUCACAAUUGUAAAUAUGUUACGUAUAAUAAAAUGCCUGUUAAAGAAAAA